AUGAGUGUUGUAUUUGGCUCCAAUGUAAUACGACCUCCGGGACAAUGGCAAUCUGGUAUAUCGGUAAAACCUCAGUGGAACAAACCUUCAUUCCGUAGCCAUCGUCCACAAACCAAAACAUUGGAUCUAAUGCGAUUCUCCAAGGCAUUGGAUCUAGCAUACUACACCCAGAUAUCGGAUAUUCUUCGAACAUCAUCACUUUGUCGAUUGGAUCAAGUCCAGGAUCAUCUAAAAUCGAUUGCUUGCUCUUGCAACGAUGGCUCGGAUUGCUUUACAACGAGCACAAUUACAAUCGGUCAGAAACAAGUUUGUGCGUUGGUUGACGAUGACUAUACCUUCUCGUUUGGCAGACUAUUAUUCUCAGAGACGAGUGUACCACAAGCUUGCACCAACAUACUCGUUCAAACAGUCCCAAAAAAAUUACUCAAAUCCAAAGCUACCGAAACAUUGUCAUCCAACUUUAUUUCAUACAAGAAACCAGACGAUUUCUCCAUCUAUAAUGCCGCUGGAGCUGUUGUUGGAAAGGUUUUAAGUGAUGGUAUCAAAGUGCAACCUUUGGGAGUUAAGUCAUUCAGCAUAUGCUUUAAACAAGAUAGUAUUGAAUCACUCGAGAACCAGACAGACGGUUUGGUGGUUGAUUUUUCUACUUUGGAAAAUGUCACUGAAUCAUCAACAGUAAGCCAACUUCGAAUAAUGGAAAAGAACAUCACCAGACAUACAAUUCAUUCAAGUGAUGGUGUAUGUAUAAUUUUGACAAAAUUAUGA